AAAUGUAUUGUGCAGUUGCCAAUAAUUGUGAUGACGUCUACUGAAGUGCGUGCAUUCGUGGCAUUCUGUGCAGGCGCUGGCGUUGAGCGGCAGCGUUUUUUCGUAGCUCCUAGAACUUGCAAUCCAUCGAGCGGAAAUGGGUGCCCAAGAUAAUGAGAGUGAGCCUGAGCAGUUCAGGAAGCUGUUCAUCGGCGGCUUGGACUACAAGACCACGGAGGAGAGCCUGAAAGGCCACUUCGAGCAAUGGGGCGAAGUCGUGGACUGCGUCGUCAUGCGAGAUCCCAGCACCAAAAAGAGCCGUGGCUUCGGCUUUAUCACCUUCCGUCGCGCGCACAUGGUCGACGACGCGCAAGCGGCACGACCGCACAAGGUCGAUGGCCGUGAGGUGGAACCAAAGCGGGCCGUACCACGUGAGGAGGCUGGCAGACCCGAGGCGCAAGCCACUGUGAAGAAAGUCUUCGUUGGCGGUCUCAAAGACGACGUCGACGAGUCCGAUCUCCGGGACUACUUCUCGCAGUUUGGAAACAUCCUCUCCGUCAACUUGGUCACCGAGAAGGACACCGGCCGCAAGCGUGGCUUUGCCUUUGUCGAGUACGACGACUACGACCCAGUGGACAAGAUUGUCCUGAAGCGCCACCACAUGCUGAAGGGAAAAAGGACCGAAGUGAAGAAGGCCCUUUCUAAACAAGAAAUGGAAAACCUCAAGAAGGACAAGCGGCCCGCAUUCAGGGGUGGUCGCGGUGGCCGUGGCGACGGCUGGGAAGGCGGCUACGGCGGUGGUGGAUAUGGCGGUGGCGGCUACGGCGGAGGUGGUUACGGCUCCGGCGGAGGUGGCUACGGAAGUGGUGGCGGCGCCUACGGCGGUGGCGGCUGGAGCCAAGGCGGCGGAGGCGGCUACGGAGACAGCUUCAGCCAGGGCGGCUGGGGAGGUGGCGGCGGCGGAGACUUUGGCUCCGGCUACGGCAACAGCUAUGGUGGUGGACCCAUGCGCGGAGGCCCAGGUGGCUACUCCCAGCGUGGGUCCGGCCCAUACGGUGAGUCUUCAUAUGGCAACGGCAGUGCGGGAGGCGGCGGCUACCGGAGAUAAACAAGUCGUCGUGGUUUUAACUGGGGGGGCGGCAGGAAAGCUUUGAGAGGGCAGAGCAGCCAGGGCUAGGCAGUGCAGCUUGGUCCGAGCUAGCUAGGCAACCGGCUAGCCCAGGUCUGGAGCUGUGCCAGCAGCAGCUCAGGCAGUGCGUGUCCUCCGAGGAAGAGCCAGCCGCAGCACAUCACAUACAACCCCGUCCUCAUCACAUAUGCGCCUUUGUGUCUAUACCAUUUGUCUCUUCUUUCUCACGUGUCUGUGGUCCCCCAAAUGCAAGAGCGCUCUCCCUAGCCAGAGAGGCACCCGUUGCUCCUGUAGAUGUUGUCUUGUGGUUCACGUCUGGGUCAAUAAAGACUAGUGUUGUAACACACAGCAUCUAGUGUACAGAGA